AUGCCUCAAAUAGCCCCCCUGUUAUGACUUAAUCUUUAUGUAUUUUUUACAGUAGUACUCACUCUCAUUAUCAUUUCAAGAUAUUUCAUUAAAACCCCAAUUAAAGUAGACUCUAACUUAACAAUCACCAAAACAAACCAAGCUAACUGAAAAUGAUAA